AUGUCCUCAAUUGUCAACGGUAUCGGGACACCUUCAUCCCUCUACCAGGUAUUCCCCGCCCGACAUCCUCUUUUGGGACUCGGUCGUGAGCACCCGGUUUCGCAAGCACUUCCUCGCAGUCACAACCUCCUCUUCUCAAUUUGCUCCAGAAUGUCUCUCCGAUACCUUCGGACAGUGCUUUCAAAACGAAAGUACCUCAAUGCUGUCAGUAUCAAAUACAAGUCCGACAUGCUCGGUGCUUCAUGA